AGCGGUCGUAUUUUUUUAAACGAUUAGAAAAUAUAUUAAAACAAGAAUAUCCGGGAAGACUGAUAGUUGAAGUUAAAUCAACUGGGUAGUUGUUAUUUUUUUAAUGGACACGAUUUUCUAGCCGCGCCCUUUAACCCUCCAACAGGUUGCCUUCAGAUUGAACUAUGCAAAUUGAAAAUUAAUCAUUUGUUUCCUGCAGAGGUUCCUUGAAAUUUUAGAUUAUUUAAUUAUUCGUAAGAAUCCGAAGCAUAGACAAAUUUUGACAUUCUAGAAAUUCAUAGAGACAUUUUAAAAAAUUCAAUUAGAACUAAAUUCCAGGUAUAUUAAGGUGUUACAUAGUAAACGACCGAUUUUGAAAUAUACAUUUUCAACGAAACGUCUGCUCAAGUACUUCGAAGUACAUUAAAUAUCAACCGUACGAAUUGGAGGGUUCAGGUGAAUGAUAAAUUUGAUUGUUUGCAACGGAGUCGCUAGUAUCGAUGCUUCUUUUACGCCCACCGAUCUUCUAUUUCGUCAAUUACGAGAGUUGAUUCGAGCGAUCGAUACACGCACAAACAAGUCACGAGUUCGUUUACCGUAAAUCGCUGAGAAUUAUCAAGGAUUGCCAUCGGAACACCGUCACACUAUGCACGGAGUAAAUGAUAGCGCGCACUCGUUUGUAUACAUGUACACCAUAGCGCAUAGACGUUCAUCGUAUUGUAAUGACGAACCGUGAUUGGGUAUAUUUUUUAUCGUCGACAAUUUUUUAAUAAACGACAGUUCACUAUUUUUUCGCUCUAUAAUCAUGCUCCUUCCUAUACAAUUUCAGCGAACUUCAAAAUCAUGUACAACUUCAAGUUGUAAUUAACGUAAAACCUACAAGUUUCAUUAAAUAUUAUAAAGAUUGGAAAAAUAAAGUUAAAGGAAAAGAGAAAGCUUCGUCAUGCGGGAACAUAUAUGUGGUCUACCAAAGACAGAGGUGUCUCGUUUGGCCACUGCGGCUAGCGUGAAGGAUCUCGGUUGCAAGGAUGUGUGGAUGCACAUGUUCCAAAUUAAUGUCCACACUCCAAGAACAAAAAUGUUUAUGCAUAGUUUGGCAGCCGUGUCAGCAGAAAGAAGAAAACAUGCCAAUCUCAAACACUGGUGGAUCAUUCAUCCAUUCAGUUACUGGAGGUUCAUCUGGGACAGGUUCAUGACAGUGGUAUUCAUGAUCUCUUUCUUGACGAUUCCAUUCUCAGUUUGCUUCGUCAUAAUGUCCCAUGAUGAAAUUCGAUUGGAUCAAUUUAACAUUUUAAUCUACACAUUUUGUUGGCUAGACAUAAUUUCUAAUUGUAUCACUGGAUACAAUAAUAAAGUUAGCAUGUGUGUCGAGUUGGAACCAUUGAAGAUAUUCAGACAAUAUUUGCAGGCUAACCUCAUACCGGAUGUCCUUUCUUCCUUACCAUGGGACCACAUAACAUUACCAUGGCGGAAGAUUCCAGGACAAAGCUGUUUAAAAUCUAUCAUUCUGUUAAAUCUUCUGCCUCUAUUGAAGCUUUCGCGGUAUAACUAUGUUAAUAUGCAAAUCUUCGAACUGUUUACUUAUUUCGAAAUUAUGCAUUUUUAUUACGAAACAUUCAGCACAUUGAUGCUGGGCUUUUAUAUGAUGUUCUGGUCUUCUUGUCUUUGUUAUUUAAUACCAGUAUUAGAAUUACACCUUAUUAAUUAUUCUGCCAAUGAAUGCAAAGAAUGUUGGAUGAUAGGAUUGGACAGUGACACUAUACCAUUCAGAUUUCAAUAUGCACUUUUCAUCGUUGUGGAAAAAUUGGCAGCAAGUGGUUAUGGAAAAUAUGUACCAAAAGCAGAUGGGCACAUGAUAUUGAGUUGUUUCCUCAUGAUGAUAGGGCGAGUACUAGAAUGUUAUAUCAUAGUGAUGUUGGUCCACAUAAAAGCUGGCAGAAGGGCGUCGAAAUCAAAAUUUCAGGAAAUAAUGAAUCAAGUGAUUGCUUAUACGAUUCAGAAGCAAUUACCUUCACAUAUGAAGAAUCGUCUUCUUGCCUAUUAUUAUUAUCGUUUCAGGAACAGUUACUUUCGCGAAAAAUUGAUCUUACAAAACCUAUCAGAGCAAUUGCGGCAAGAGAUCGCGUUACAAUCGUGUCACCGCUUAGUCGAAAACGUGGCGAUUUUUAAAACUUUACCAAAGAAUGUUUUACGAUCGAUCGUGAGGAAUUUGAAGUUUGAACUUUAUUUACCGAAUGAUGUGAUCGUGAAAGCUGGUGCACAAGGGGACUGCAUGUUCUUUCUCUCUGCUGGAACUGUGGCUGUAUUGACACCAACUGGAAAAGAGAUCUGUCACUUGGAUGAUGGAGCUCAUUUUGGAGAGGUAGCGCUUUUGGUUCCUGACCAAAGAAGAGUGGCAAGCGUUAUUGCAAUUGAAGUAUGCGAGGUGUAUCGUCUCGAGCGUAAAGAUUUUCGAAAAUGUAUCGCCGUGCACACGGAAUUAUUCGCGAAAAUUGAGAAAAUCGCUACAGAGAGAAUCGAGAGGGCUGUGAUCAUUGAAGAACAGCACAAACGGUUCCUCAUGCGAAAUUCCGCGGAAGGUAAUGGACGCAGAACUGGAAUUGUUUAAUUAUAGAAACUUGAGCACCAUUUCCAAAUAUGUAUUCAGUAAUAAUAUAUCAUAGGAUAUUUAGUUGUUAAUUAAAUAAACGU